GGUUUAUGGAGCUGAGCUCCCGCGGCUGUAAAUCGUCCUGCGCGCCCCGGUAUAAAGCGCCCGUCCAGCCCCGCGGGGAGGAGAGGACUCGCUCGCCGCCCGCUGACCCCCAGCUCCGCGCGGGCUCCCGGCCCAGCCAGUGACCCCGGCAACCUCCUCCAGUCGCCCCUGCCAUGUCCGAGGAGCUGGCCGCGGGCCCCAAGGAGAGGCCGCCGGCGCCGCGGGCCGCCCCCCGCGAGGUGUGGAAGAAGGGGGGCCGCCUGCUGUCCGUGCUGCUGGCCGUCAACGUGCUGCUCCUGGCCUGCACGCUCAUCAGUGGCGGCGCCUUCAACAAGGUGGCGGUGUACGACACCGACGUGUUCGCGCUGCUCACCACCAUGAUGCUGCUGGCGGCGCUCUGGAUCCUCUUCUACCUCCUGGGCACCGCGCGCAUCCCCGGCGCCGUGCCCUACCGCGACGCGCACGCCGGCCCCAUCUGGCUGCGAGGAGGGCUGGUGCUUUUUGGAAUCUGCACUUUAGUCAUGGAUGUCUUCAAGACGGGCUACUACUCCAGUUUCUUUGAAUGUCAGUCGGCCAUCAAGAUCCUGCACCCGCUCACCCAGGCUGUGUUUGUCAUUGUCCAGACUUACUUUCUCUGGGUCUCCGCUAAAGACUGUGUUCACGUCCACCUGGAUCUGGCCCGGUGUGGCCUCAUGUUCACGCUCACCACCAACCUGGCCAUCUGGAUGGCCGCCGUGGUGGACGAGUCGAUGCACCAGGCCCACAGCUACAUCACGUCCCACGGCAACGGCAGCUACUCCCGCCUCGCGCCCGACCCGAAGCGAGCGGGCGAUGCGGCGGGAGGCCAGUGCGAGUGCAACACGGCCAUCUGCCAGAUCUUCCAGCAGGGCUACUUCUACCUGUACCCCUUCAACAUCGAGUACAGCCUCUUCGCCUCCACCAUGCUCUACGUCAUGUGGAAGAACGUGGGUCGGUUCCUGGCAGGCCCCUCUCCCGGCCACGCCCCCGACCACGACCACGCCCCCAGCCAAGACCACGCCCCUGCUCAUGACCACGCCCCCGAUCACGGCCACGCCCCUACUCAAGACCACGCCCCCGAUCACGGCCACGCCCCUACUCAUGACCACGGCCACGGCCACGCCCGGCCCAGCGUCUUCCGGGAGACGUUCUUCGUGGGCCCGGUGCUGGGGCUGCUGCUCUUCGUGGUGGGCCUGGCCGUGUUCAUCAUCUACGAGGUCCAAGUGAGCGGGGAGGGGGCGCACACGCAGCAGGCCCUGGUCGCCUACUACAGCUUCAACAUCGUGUGCCUGGGGCUCAUGACCUUGGUCAGCCUCAGCGGCUCGGUCAUCUACCGGUUUGAUCGCCGCGCCAUGGACCACCACAAGAACCCCACGCGCACCCUGGACGUGGCCCUGCUGAUGGGCGCCGCCCUGGGCCAGUACGCCAUCUCCUACUACUCCAUCGUGGCCGUGGUGGUGGGCACGCCCAAGGAUAUGCUGGCCGCGCUCAACCUGGCCCACGCCCUGGUCAUGAUCGCCCAGCACACCUCCCAGAACGUCUUCAUCAUCGAGAGCCUCCACCGGGGGCCGCCCACGGAGGAGCCCCCGCCUCCCGCCACCAAGGAGCCCUGCCACGGCCUGACUUUCGCCAACCUGGAUGCCCUCCACGCCUUGCCCGCCUGUUCGUCCAGCCCGGGGCUGGUGGACCCGGGUGGGGCGCAGCACCCCGGGGAGGCGGUGGACGUCAUCUUGCCACCCAAGACGCACUGGAGACGCCGGUGUCUGAAGGACAUCUCUCUCUUCCUUCUGCUCUGCAACGUUAUUCUGUGGGUCAUGCCCGCCUUCGGCGCCCGCCCGCACUUCAGCAACACGGUGGAGGUGGACUUCUACGGCUACUCGCUGUGGGCCGCCAUCGUCAACGUGUGCCUGCCCUUCGGCAUCUUCUACCGCAUGCACGCCGUGUCCAGCCUGCUGGAGGUCUACGUGCUCUCCUGACCACGCGCGUCCCCGCUGGGCCCCGAGUGGAGUUUUCACAAGAGCUAUUUUUCCAGGACGAGUUUUUAAAGCACAAUCCCGCACCCCCCUCCACCUCCCCCACCCCGCUGCCUCUGCUCCACCCGGACCCCCGACCCCCCCCCCCCCGCCCCGGGGAGGCGGCCUCUCAGCUCUGCCCCUGACCCCAGCCAAUAAACCUGCCGGUCACCCUCACUGGCCCUAAAUUCCUGAUUCA